AUGUCGCGCUCUGUACGUAGUAGAUAUAACAAGACCGCCGACGUUAGCGAGAGGAGCGCUGCUAGCCACUGCAGCGCAGACUCCCAGGACUCGCAGAGCACUGCUAGCACUCCGACUUCUCUACACACCAGUCCUUCGAUACGAAAAGCUGCCGACAUCUACGCAGAGCAACAGUUCGAUAUUUCCCCCUGCACAACCUUCUGCGCGCGCUCUUCAACAGAAACCUACGCUUCGACGGUCGAGUCCCUGGAGGAGUUCUACGGAGAAGCGGAAACCCAUGACCCGGAUUACGACAUUCUCGAGAACCGCUCGCCGGUCUCCAGCUAUAACAAACUUCGCCCCUCCAACCCCUCUGACUUUGCGGAUUACUUCCCUUCGCACCAUCGCCUUUCGAUCCGACACGAUGACACGACGCAUGAUGGAAACAUGAAUCUGCGGGUCGAUAUGGAGCGGAAAAGGGGGACCAUUCAACUCUUUCACUUGAAGAUGAACGACCUCAAGAAGCGGAAAUUCUCCCUGCGUCGUUACGAGCGCGCAUCCGGACGAGAAGUCUGCCACUCAGCACGCAAGUUCACCACCCCCGCGACGGAGAGAAGACCUGCGCUGUCGAGGUCAGUCAGCCAUGCCUUCGCCAGCAUCGUAAAGCCGGACUUUAAACGCGCGAACUCGCACAUGGCGGCCCCCAGCUCCAAGAGCAAGAAGUCGAUGUGGCGACAGGACAGCGGCUACGGAUCCGAAGGCGAAGACGACUAUUUCGCAGACCACACCCGAGAUUCCGCACCGGUCCAGAUCCCGACCAACACCAUCAAGCUCGAUUUCUCCAACUAUGCACAGGUGGAAGUCAAGCGCCGAGGAGCCAAAUCAUCCAAGAGAUAUGACUUCGAGUACUGGGGUUCUCAAUACGCGUGGAAACGGGAGUCGAGGAAAGACGGAGAAGGAAGAAUCUCAUACUAUCUAUACAAAGCAGACGUCGGACCGGCAGUGGCGCACAUCGUGCCCGAGCUGCGGUCGCCGGCGCAGGUGAGGGAGGAGGAGAGGAAUGGCGGGUGGGUGCCCCCGUGCUCGAUGUGGAUUUCCGAUCCCAGCAUACGGGACGCACUCACGGACGUUGCGGAUGUCAUCGUCGCAACCGGCCUCAUAGCUCUGGUCGAUGACUGCAUCACGCGCCACUUCCAGUCCAAACCCGGGAAAGCGCCUCGCUACCCGCUCUCCCUCCCUCUCACGCCGCUCAAAUACGACAUGGAGUUCGUCGGGCCCCGGGCGCUCGUUGAACACAUGUUCAAGCGCCGCAACUCGGGCGGUUCCAACAAGGAAAAGGAACAGCAACGCGGCAGCCCGUUGAGGUUUGCCAAUCCGGCAACGACGUGCUAG